CACACUUCUACUGGGAGCCGGGAAGAUGUCAGCAGUGGCUCUCCACCUCUCCUUCACCCUCCUCCAUCCACAUUCCACAAAACCCAAUUAUCCGAUUUUCAGGUCUCGUUCUCCUUCAACCAAAAUCACUCUGGGCCUUGUGGUUUCCUCUCAUUCUUCAAUUUCAGGAAAUGGACAAGGCGCUUUUGAUCCCGAGCUUAGGCCAGUGCUUGAACUGGCAACUGACUCUGAGUUGUUUGAACUUGAGAGGAUCCUUUUUGGCCCCAGCUACUUCAGUCCUUUGUUAAAAUCAAUAACAAGGAGAGCUGAUGUUGACUAUGCCAUGAUUGAAGAAGACCUUGAAGAGCGAGAAGAUUUUAUUUCUAGUCUCGAGUCGAGAUUCUUAUUCCUUGCAGCUGAUGCUCGGUCUACAUUAAGGGGUUGGAGGCCUUCUUAUAGAAAUGUCCUGCUUGGUGUGCGAAAAAAAUUAAAUGUCCCUUGUUCAAACAAAUUGUCAACUGAAGACCUAGAAGUAGAGAUUUUUCUUCAUCUAUUGCAGGACUACUCAAGAUUCACCUCUUCAGAGGAUGAUGUUCGUUAUAUGGCACGACUACGUAAGGAUAGGGUGAGAGCUCGAAUGUCUGGCAUCCCAUUUGAUUAUCCUAUUCGCCCUUACACUUUCAUUUUGGCCGAUUACUUUGUUAGGGGAUUAGAGAUUCAGCCUCGUAUUGAGGAGAUGGGUGUUGAGGAUAGUACAGUGGAUGAGCUUCAGCAUAUGCUCCAUUAG